AUGGAUAACGCUGGCUUUCAACGUGAUGCUUCGUUUGUGACACUUUCCGGUAUACAAGAAGAUGUUAUUCAAGCACGAAUUGAUACAGUCAAUGCUGCUGCUGAUGUGGCACUGCCAUUGAACGAUUGGUAUCGGAAAUUUUGUGCACUUUGGAGCAAUUAUCGAUGGCGAAUGAGACAUUAUUUCUAUAUCCAUUUGUUUGUUUUCUUUUGUAAUACACUGAUUUGUGGUGCAAUUGUCUGGGCUAUUGAGGAAUACAAAGUUCCGUAUAUAGACUGUUGGUUUGUUAGUGCAACGUGUGUGUUCACAUGUGGGUUGCAAACGUAUGACUUCGCGCUAUUGAAACGCUCAUCACAAAGUGUGCUAUUGUUUUAUACAUGGAUAUCAGGAAUUACUGUAAGUACAAUUCCAGCUAUUGUGAUCAAAAUCUAUCGAGUUAAACAUGAAAUGGAGAGUUCCGAAGAAUCAACAACGACGCCUGAUAAUGAUAUCUUACCUAUUAAACGGCUCGUACCAAGCGAAACGAUCGAUUCCGAUGUUUAUGCGCGUAUACAAUCAUUACCAAGUGCACAUCAUUUACGAUUCACCGCUUAUGUCUUGAUGAUCAUUCUCAUUUUGUCAACUUGCUGUUUUAUUUAUCUAAUUUCGUUUCUUUCCAUGGGGAUCUGGCUGAAAUAUCAUUAUGAUCCGCAAUAUUUAUUACAGCAAAAUGAAACGAUCAAUCCAUUCUAUGCAUCCAUCGUUAUUACCAUCACUGGUUUUAAUCAAAAUGGUCUUUCACCAUGGACUGGUGGAAUCGGUAUAUUAGUCAAUGAUGUUUUCAUGAAUAUUUUUAUCAUCUUUGUUGUUAUGUCCGGUACAUCAUUAUUUCCAGCUAUCAUUCGUGGUGUUGUCAAUUUCUGCAAGUUUAUCGUACCUUGGCGUUAUAAAAUCUAUUUUGACUAUAUUCUUUUAAAUAAUCAUCGUUUAUCAACAGUCAUUUUUCCAUCGAUUCAAACGAGAUUAUAUGUGACAAUAACAAUUCUAUUACAAAUACUGGGUGUCGUGGUAGCCUUAAUACUUGACUAUAACAAUAAAAAUUUAGCACUCUAUAGCGGCGGAACACGAUUUAUGAUAUUCAUGUUAGAAACCGCCAAUACUCGUUUUGCAGGUUAUGCCACAAUUGAUUUAAGUUUACUUGCAUCUGGAACACUGAUUAUAUUUGUUCUAUUAAUGGGUGUUAAACCUCAAAUGUUAUGCGCUAUUAACGAAACUCCGUUUGAAAUGGAAUGGAUCUUGAUUCAAACUCAACAAAAAUUGGAAGAUAAAGUGUCGUCUAACAAUCGUCGUGGAAGUAUCCAGAUCUUUCUACCGUUCGAUCGAAUGAAGCAUUUCUUAUCACGACAAGGUUCAUUGACAAAAGCUCAAGCGAAAAGGUAUUUCUCAUCGGUUGCGCGGUCGACACGAGCCGAAAGCACCAUUGAUCAACUUAAUGAAAAACAUCUUCAACAUCGACUAAGUGCGCUAUCAUUAGACGUUUACGACGAUUUAAGAGACGAUCGAAGUUUAAGUGUAGCACGAAUUUCAUUCCUACGAAUGAAACUUCUACUAAUCAUUUUCUGUCGUCACGCUGUGAUUAGUCUAUUUAGUCUGCUAACAUCUACUCGAACAUGGUUAUUUAUAUUUGUCUUUCUGAUUUGCUCAUUCGACUCAUAUCACAUGGCACCGAUCGAUCAGCAAAUAACUGUUUUUCGCGUUAUUUUUGAAGUUAUCAGUGCGUUCGGUGGGUGCGGCUUAUCCAUGGGUUAUAAUGGUGUGUCAUCGAGUUUUGCGACAGUACUAACAGUGCCAAGUAAAAUCAUUUUAAUUUUAACCAUGUGCAUGGGACGACAUCGAGGUUUACUUGAUUCAAUGAAAGAUCAAGAAGAGAUUGAAUACAGUGCUCAAACGUUGAUUGAAAGCUGGAAACAAUUGGCUUUAUUAGAACAAUUUGAGAAGAAAAAGGGAUUAGAAAAGCGUUCUGUUGUUCAAACAUUGAGUUUUCCAUCGCCAGCGUUGAUAACUCGAUUUUAG